AUGCCUCACAGCGAUACUAAUAAGCUGUUUUGCAAAUCGACUACUCAGCUUUCUGCAAUAGUAGAUAGCUUCGUCACACAAGAUGGUGACGAUCAUGACAUGGAAACCCUAUUGCAGGAGUGCGUAGAUACACUCGUAAACUACCAAGAGGAAGUGAAAAAAAUCAAAAGGAUAGGAGCAGGACAUGCAGUUAGGGCUAAAGAUGUAGUCACCUGUUAUGAGUCUGCGUUCGUGUACUACAAGAUCGUGUCGCAGAUCGUGCUCAAUAAGAUCCCAGGCCUCGAACAGUUUUCGAAAGCAAAAGUUGCUCCCAGAAAUGAUAAAGAGAAAGGUCUUAUGGAGAUUUACAACAUGCUAGUCAAAACUUUACUAACAGACGAAAAAAUCGCAGAGAUUCGCAAGUUUAUUAAAGAUCACUCUGCAAGUUCAAGUCCGGCGUCAACGGAAAAGCACGAAAAUGGGGUGGACUUAAAUUUGAAAAACGGACAAUCUAUAACGUCAGAGAAAGCUCUUUCUCUCAUGAAACAAUCCAAGAUACUUUGCAUCGAUGUGAGACCUCGCAUAGAAUUUAUAGAAUCGCAUAUCAAAUGCGCUUCCAUCAUGUGUAUCGAGCCGAUCUCUUUUAAGAACACAUAUUCUGAUGCUGAAGUUUCACGAAAGUCACUAAUCACUAGCCCAAACUCUGAAAUUGAGAUUUUUCAAAAGAGGGAUGAGUUUUCAUUUAUUCUUAUUUACACAAAUGAGUCGGAGAAAACCGGAUUCUGUACACAACAGCAAGCAGCAUUGCUAGACCUUUUGAUCAAUCGAUCAUUUGAAAAACCUUUAAAAAAAACAGUCGUGUUGACAUUGCGAGGCGGAUUUCACAGUUGGUGCCUAAAUGGGGGUCCCUGCGAGACCUCUCGUAAUCAGGACGACAGCAUUUAUAUCAAUGGUGACAUAUCUUCAUUAAGCCUCCAGGAAUUGCCUAAACUUAAUCGGCGAAAUCUUGAUAACAGCUUUCAGCCGAUGUUGACCAAUCCCAAAGCGGAUGUCGAAUCAGGGCGGACUUCACUUUUCUUUCCGGAUCAACAGCAUGGAGGACUGAAGCGAAGCUCAAGUUUCAAAAAUGCUUUCUCGACCUUGACUUCUCCUUCAAGGUCAAGCUCACCGUCAUUUCAAACACCUGACUCUGGUGGAAUGAAGUUUACUACAUAUCCAGAAACUCCUAAGCUCGUUACAUCUAAUUUGGGCGUAAAGCCUCUUCCUCAAAUUUCGCCCAUUCAAUCCAGAGCGUUGACGCCACUUUCUAGGAGCUUCACUCCUCCUCGCGUAUUUUCCAACAAUCAAAUAAACAGCCUUUCAAUGGAUGGGUCGGGCAAAGCUCGGGUCUUCUCUCCACCCCCAAGGCAGCCACUGCCCGUAUUACCUCAAAAGCAGGCUACUGAUGUUCACACUCUACAACACCCUUCAAAUUCAAAGGAUUUGGAUUUUUGUGUAGGUUUAGUGAAUUUGGGCAACUCGUGUUAUAUGAACUGUAUUAUUCAAUGCCUCUUGGGGACUCAUGAACUUUCUCAAAUAUUCCUCAACGAUUCUUAUAAAAAUCACGUUAAUUUGAAUAGCAAGUUGGGUUCAAGAGGUGUACUCGCCAAGUAUUUUUCCAAUCUGGUUCAUAUGAUGUAUCAACAGGGCAAAUCUCUAGCGCCAAUAAAAAAGCGGACCAAUAGUGAUGAAAAGACUGCUGUGCAGCCCCUUCAUUUCAAAGUCGCUUGUGGUUCUAUCAAUUCUCUCUUCAAGGGAUCCUCGCAGCAAGACUGCCAAGAAUUCUGCCAGUUUGUUCUAGACGGAUUACACGAGGACCUCAAUCAAUGCGGUGGGAAUCCCCCCUUAAAGGAACUUUCUAGUGAGGCAGAGAAAGUUCGUGAAAAACUGUCAAUGCGGAUAGCAUCAUCUAUUGAGUGGGAAAGAUAUCUCACGACAGAUUUCAGUGUUAUAGUGGAUCUGUUUCAGGGCCAGUAUGCAUCUCAACUGAAGUGCAAAGUAUGUGGGCGUACCUCGACAACAUACCAACCUUUUUCUGUUCUGUCCGUUCCAGUUCCACGUGGUACUCGUUGUGAUAUCCUAGAUUGUUUCAAAGAGUUUACUAAAAUCGAGACGUUGGAAAAAGAUGAACAGUGGUCUUGUCCUGACUGUAAGAAGAAACAGCCUUCGACGAAAAAAAUCACGAUUACUCGCCUGCCAAGAAACCUCAUCAUCCAUUUAAAACGAUUCGAUAAUAUGCUCAAUAAAAACAAUAUUUUUGUGAACUACCCCUACACUCUCGAUUUGACAUCGUUUUGGGCUAAUGAUUUCGACGGAAGACUUCCACAAGGUGUUACCGAGUUGCCAACCAGAGGCCAAGUACCACCUUUUCGCUAUAACCUUUAUGCUGUGGCAGCACAUAGUGGAACAUUAUAUGGUGGUCAUUAUACGUCCUAUGUCAACAAGGGUUCUCCACAAGGGUGGUGCUAUUUUGAUGACACUAACUGGAGAAAGGUCAAAAAUGAUAAAGAAUGCAUAACACAGAAUGCGUAUGUCUUAUUUUACCAUCGUGUUUACGGUAUAUAG